CUACCCAGGUUUAGGCCUGGCGCUUGCUUUCCACGAUGGCAGCGUCCACAUCAUCAACCGUCUCUCCUUGCAAACCAUGGCGGUGUUUUAUGGCUCCAGCUCGCAGCGCCCAGUGGAUGACCAGACCAUCAAACGGCAGAGAACGUCGGGCCCUCUGAUCUACUUCAAAGCGAUGCAGAUGUCUUGGACUUCGCUGGCCUUAGUUGGGGUCGAUAGCCACGGAAAGCUUAGCAUGUUCAGGAUCUCUCCCUCCAUGGGGCAUGUUUUGGAUAUGAAUAUUUCCCUCCGUCAUUUGCUUUUCCUGUUGGAGUACUGCAUGGUGACAGGAUAUGACUGGUGGGACAUCCUGCUUCACGUCCAGCCCGGCAUGGUGCAGAAUCUGGUGGAAAAGCUGCACGAGGAAUACAUGCGCCAGAAUGCUGCCCUGCAGCAGGUUCUGUCCACACGCAUCAUUGCCAUGAAAGCCUCACUUUGCAAGCUCUCCUCCAGUACGGUGGCACGUGUGUGUGACUACCACGCUAAGCUUUUCCUGAUCGCCAUCAGUUGCACCCUGAAGUCCCUGCUCCGCCCCCCUGUCCUCAACACGCCCGACAAGACCCCUGGAGACAGGCUCACUGAGAUCUGUGCCAAGAUCACCGAUAUAGAUAUUGACAAAGUGAUGAUUAAUUUGAAGACAGAAGAAUUUGUGCUGGAGAUGACCACCUUGCAAUCUCUCCAACAACUGAUCCAGUGGGUUGGGGACUUUGUGCUCUAUUUGCUUGCCAGUCUCCCCAACCAGGGCUCUGGACCUGCAUCAGGACCUGUUCGGCCAGGUCACAGUUUCCUCCGGGAUGGAGCCUCCCUGGGGAUGCUCCGCGAACUGAUGGUCAUGAUCCGGAUCUGGGGCCUCUUGAAGCCAAGCUGUCUUCCCAUUUAUAUAGCCACGUCUGACACCCAGGACAGCAUGUCCCUCCUUUUCCGGCUUCUUACCAAAUUGUGGCUGUGCUGUCGUGACGAAGGGCACCCCAGCGAGCCGGACGAUACCUUGAUCGAUGAAUGCUGUCUCCUACCCAGCCAGCUCCUCAUCCCAAACAUGGAUUGGCUUCCGGUGAACGAUGCCAUCAUCAGCAAGCUGCAGAACAAGCAGCCGGUCCGGCUGCAGUUUGGAAAGACUCCCGGGAUCGUUGGACACCCCGCUCCGGUUCCGUGCGAUGCGUUUACCAGGUGCAUGGAGGGCAACCUGGUUUUUCUCUUGACACGACAGGGAAGCUCCUUGUCAUGCUGGGCGGAUGGUCCUUUAUGUGUUUUACUCUUGCUUAAGGCCUUCACGGUACUCGCCGAAAGAUUAGCUUGCUUUAAUACAGUCCCAAAGGUGCUUUUUCAAGAGGCAACUGGCAGUGGUGGGAUUCAACGGGUGUAACAACCGGUUCGCCGAGCAUGCGCUUCGCACGCACGUGUGCAUUUAGUUUUGAAAACAGCUCCAAAACACACGUUCUACUGCAGCCCCGGUGAAUAAAAGAAUGGAGGCGAAGCAAUCCGUUCUGCUGCGUCUUGAUGUUAAAAUGUUUUAUUUUCCAUUUU